GGGUGUUGUAGUUUCUCCGCUCCCCUGCAUUUGUUCCUCUCCUGGCCGACACGUCGGGACCGCACGGAGCAGCCGAUCAGCUGGCUUACUUCCUGUCCAGAUGGGUUUACAUGAACGGAGCUACACAUUUGUGACACCACACACGAGAUUAAGCAUCGGUCAUCCCUUCAUUUGGAAGUCUUAAGUUACACUACCUGGACACCUGAACGUUUUCCUGUUUCUUUUCCACCUGGAAGCACAGUAUAUAAAAAAAAAGAAUAUAUAACUAUAUACAUAUAAACUGAACCCCCAAAAUGACUUCAGAACUUGAGAGCAGCCUCACCUCUAUGGACUGGCUUCCCCAGCUGACAGUAAGAGCUGCCAUUCAAAAUGCUGACUCCAACCAGAACACCCACGGAUCUGGGAUCUCCAAGAAGAGCGCCCUCAUCGACCCCAACACAACACUGGACCAGGAGGAAGUACAGCAGCACAAAGACGGCAAGCCCCCCUAUAGUUACGCCAGUCUCAUUACUUUUGCUAUCAACAGUUCACCAAAAAAGAAAAUGACUCUUAGUGAGAUUUACCAGUGGAUCUGUGAUAAUUUCCCCUACUAUAAGGAGGCUGGAAGUGGCUGGAAGAACUCUAUACGACACAACCUGUCAUUGAAUAAGUGCUUUCUGAAAGUGCCUCGGUCCAAGGAUGACCCUGGAAAGGGUUCCUAUUGGGCAAUAGACACAAAUCCAAAGGAGGAUGCGCUGCCAGCACGGCCAAAAAAGAGGCCGCGAUCUGGAGAGCGGGCCUCUACACCAUACAGUAUAGAUUCCGACUCCUUGGGAAUGGAUUGUAUAAUCUCUGGAAGUGCCUCUCCAAGCCUGGCUAUCAACACUGUGACUAACAAGGUAACUUUAUACAACACAAGUCAGGAUGGCAAUGACAGUCCUCGAAGUAGCCUUAACAACAGCCUUUCUGACCAGAGUGUGUCAUCCUUAAACUUGAACAGUGUUGGCAGUGUGCACAGCUAUACCCCAGUACCGAGCCAUCCCGAGCAACCCGCUCCAACAUUAACGCAGCAGUCACAGUACAACACCCCGGAGCGAGAAAAACUGUUCUCUGAAUAUAACUUUGAAGAUCUCAGUGAUUCAUUUCGAAGCCUAUACAAGAAUGUAUUUGCUCAGUCAAUAAGUCAAGGACUGAUGAAUCUCCAGUCAGAAUCCUCCCAGCAGACACAUUCACCCUGCUCUUAUCAGCACUCCCCUAGUAGCACAAUGAGUUCUCAGCAGCACGGUAGCCAAAAUAACCUGACAAAUAGCCAUGCAAGUAAUCUUGGCACAACUGUGGGUGACUCUAUGGGACAAGUGCACAUGUCCCACGCUCCCAUCCACACACAGCAGUCCCAGCAGUCACCACACAUACAUCACACUGUAGUACAUCAUCAGCACCCCAACCAGCACACAUCUCACUGUCACCAACAAGCUCCACACCAACCGCAGCAACGCGCUACUCACCCUGCCCAGCAUUCACCGCACCAUGCGCAGCACACCGCUCAGCACUCUGCCCAACACCAGCAUAUACAGCACCACCCGAAUCAACAGCACCACCCGAAUCAUCAGCACCAACCUCUUGCACAUCAGACCUCUCUAACCCAGCAGCAGCUACCUUGUAAUUCAGACUGGUACUCAACUCUAGACAUGCUCAAAGAAAGCUGCCGCAUUGCCAGCAGUGCCAACUGGUCGGAGGUGGAUCUCUCCCAGUUUCAAGGUUUAAUGGAAAGUAUGAGACAAGCGGAUCUUAAGAACUGGUCGCUGGAUCAGGUUCAGCUUGCAGACCUGUGUUCCUCGCUCAGCGAAUUCUUCAAUCACACCGGGUUCAUCCAUCCACAGAGCAAUGUCCCGUCACCUGUAUGUCAUGGUAACAUGCAUAAUACAAAACCCACACAGCACCUUGGGACAGGAAAUAUUUAUCUAGACUCCAGGCAAAAUAUCCCUACUUCAAUGAUGGGACCCCCAGGUUAUACUCAUUUGCCCCCUAUGAGCACUACAGCAUCCGGCUUGUCAGGGCACCACGGAGUAAUGAACCAGCCUCACAUGAUGCCGUCCUCAAAUUUCCACAUACGUCGCCCCCUUCCUGCAGAUGACAUCCAAGAUGAUUUUGACUGGGACUCUAUUGUAUAGCGCCAUUACAGACACAUAGCUCUACUGUCUUGUUACCCCACGUGUUGUUGGUAUAAGUGACCAUGAAUGUGAUGUGAAAGAAAAGAGGAAGGUAAAGAUAUCCAAGUGCGGAGCAAAGCACAAAGAACGUCUGCCACUGAUGACAAUCAACCCUCUGCGUAGCAGGAGAAAUGAUAUUGAUGCUUAUGAGUUGACCUGUAAUUCAGUGCUCUGCAGCCUGCCGCUCACGGGCUGUUCUCAGAAUACAGCCUCCAGUAUCUCCUGCUGGGGCAUGCUUGCAGUUGUAGUUUUCCGGCAGGACGCAGAGCACCCCUGUGGAUCAUGUUGGUCUCCCUGACAAGCUGGAGCCGCUCCGAUUGUCCCGUGAUUCUUGACAGCGUAUUCUGCUUUCUGAAAUCUUGCAGAAUCUCUCUGAGCACUGUCACUUAUCUACGUGCAUUUCAUUAUCCCUACCCGGACAGGUGGCAUUUUAUUUGGGACGCUCUCAGUCCGUUUUGUGUCUAUAUUUAUAUGAGCUAGGUGUAGCGCCAUUGUGUUGCUCUUCUGUUUAGUUUUUUUUAUGUGAUUCACGAAGGAAUUUUUAUUGUUACACUGCCAUAUAACAAAGCAACCACCAUCCGAUGACACUGUGACAGUGAUUGGCAGAAUGUCAUUAUUGAGAUGUCUUAUAUGUGAGGGGAUGUUAAAUACAUCUGUAUGUGACACACACUGCAUAGGGGCUUCUCCAUUCCUUUUGUUACAAUACAAGUUGUCAAAGAAGAUUGCCCCUCACUCGCCAAGCGCUGUGUCCUCUUCGUACAGCUAAUCGGUGAGGGUGCCAGGAGUCGCACCGCCACUGAUCAGAUAUUGAUGACCUAUCCUGAGGACAGGCCAUCAAUAUCCAAAUCCCAGAGAACCCCUUUAAGGAGCAGCUGACAGAAUAUCUCCUUGCAGUGGGAUGAACCCCUGCUAGACUGUUCUUUUGUGGUUCCAUUCAAAGCUUCAUAGAUUUCUGUUGCGUUCUGUCCUUUAUCAUCGGUUUGGUUUCUCCUUCUCCUCUUAACCCCAGACUGGACCGUUACCAUCCACUUUUAGUCCUCUUUCACACAAACGAGUUUCCAUCCGGGGGCGAUCCGUGAAGUAAACGCAUAGCAUCCGGACCGAAUCCUGACCCAUUCAUUUCAAUGGGUCUGUGCACAUGAUCAGUUUUUACACGUUCAGUAAAAAUUGCAGCAUGUUCUAUAUUCUGCGUUUUUUAUGCAGCCCUGGCUCCAUAGAAGUGA